AUGAAUAUUUUACUCGUUUAUGUAUUUAUUUUAUUUAAUGUUUCACAAUAUCAAUGUGAAACACCAUCAUGCAAAACAAAUUGUACAACAAUUGAAGAAUGUUGGCAUGAAGCUUUAGCUUAUCGUUCAUCAGAAUUAAUUGAGCAAUUAUUUUCAUUUAGUAGUCUUUCUGUUCAUAUUGAUACAUUUCAACGACAUCAUCCUGGCGAACUAAACGAUAGUAUAUUACUUGUUGAUAAUGCACUUGAAAAUCAUUUAUUAAAUGAAUCAAUCGUUAGUAAACUAAAUAUAAAUUUAUUUCAAGCAACAAAACAACUUCUUAUUGAUUUAUGUACAAAUUUAACAUUAAAACCAAUUGAAACAGUUGAAGCUCUUCCAACAUUAAUGUGUUCAUUAUCAACAUGUUCAUCGGAUUUAAGAAAUUUUAUGGUACUUUUUAUAAUUAGUAUACUCAUUGCUAGUUUAGUUCUUCUUAUUUGUAUUGUGCAAUUGUUUCAAACAUAUCGUCGAGUGUAUCCUGCAAAAAAAAUUCCAUUACUUGCUCCAAGUACAAAUCAAUUGUCAAUUGAUAAUUCAACUGUUAACUUAAACUCUUCUGGUGUGUCAUAA